UUUACUUACGGAAAAGAAUAUAAAUAAUAUUACAACCCACGGAAAAAUAUUCUCUUUGAUACAUGAUGACUUUAUCACAAGUCUGUAUACUGCUUUCUUAAAAUUUGAAAAUUAACCUGAUGAUGUCAGUAUACAUGUAAAUAAGGAAGAGAUGACUUCAGAAUUCCACUAUGCUGACUACAUUGUAUUUUCCAUUACGAUAGUUAUUUCUUUAAGUAUUGGAAUUUACUAUGCCUGCUCUGGAAACAAGCAGAGAACAAACGCAGAAUACUUUGUGGGGAAUCGAUCUAUGAAGAUUCUACCUGUUUUGGUAUCUGUUUUGGUUUCUGCAGAAUCUUCUGUUAUGAUGCUUGGUAUGGCUGCUGAAAUAUAUAUUCACGGUUGUAUGUUUUAUAUUUCUAUCAUCGCUUAUAUGUUUGGAAUAAUCUUUGCCGCAUACUUUAUAGUUCCUAUAGUACAUCCUCUCAAUCUUACCAGCAUAUAUGAGUAUUUAGAAUUGAGGUUCAAAUCAAGAGCAGUUCGAAUAUUAGCUUCCACUCUGGCAAAGAUGAUUACGCUUUUUUAUAUGGGAAUUGUUUUACUUGGCCCGGCCUUAGCAAUCAAAGCAGUGUUGGGAUUUCCCGUAAUAUGGUCUAUCCUUAUUGUCUGUGGAGUUUCUGUGAUAUACACGACCAUAGGUGGCUUUAAAGCUGUGAUAUGGGCCGAUGUAUUUCAAGGUGUUGUUAUGUUAAUUGGACUUUUAGCAGUUCUCAUAAAGGGUACUAUUGAAAGUGGAGGACCAUCAGAAGUUUUUAGAUUAGGUGAAGAAGGUCGUAGAUUAGACAUGUGGAAUUUUGACCCAGACCCUAGAGUGAGACAUACAUUUUUUACCUUGAUCUUUGGAGGUUUUACCACUAUGAUUGGAAGAGCUCUAGAGCAAGCCUCGAUGCAGAGAGUGUUUUCAGUACCUAAAAUGCGGGAUGCACAGAAAUUACUGUACAUUGCUGGGCCCAUGGUUACCAUCACUAUGGGCAUAGCAUGUUUUCAAGGUCUUGUUGCUUAUGCUUACUACAGCAAAUUGGCUUGUGAUCCGCUGGCAGCACGUCGGAUCACUAAUCCAAACCAGAUCAUACCACUCUUAGUCAUAGAUAUGUUCUCGUCGUACCCAGGAAUGUCCGGUCUAUAUAUGGCAUCGUUAUGUAGCGCUUCUUUCAGUACUUUAUCAUCUGGUUAUGGGUCUCUCUCUGCACAAACAGUGAAGGAUUUUAUUGAACCACUGACGAAUAUACAAUCAGAGAAAGCUAAACUAUUUAUAGCAAAGCUAUCGGUUGUGCUGUAUGGUUCUAUCUCUGUGGGAAUUUCUAUUCUCUUGUCUUCAUUGAGUGGAUCUUUCAUAUCGAUAGUUAUUGGUCUCCUUGGAUCUAUUUCGGGGCCAGUUACUGGAAUGAUUUUAUUGGCUGCUCUGGUACCAUUUGCUAACAGCAAGGGAGCCUUGAUUGGAACUCUAUUCGGUUUAUCCUUAACAUCAUGGAUAACAGCUGGUCGCAUACUUAGUCCAACUUUAAUGAACACCCCUACAUUACCACCAGCUCCAAGUGACAAUUGUCCCAUUACCAAUUCAACUAUGACACCAUUUAACUAUACCAUGGAAGCUUUUAUAAAAAUAGACUAUUAUAAACAAUAUGAGCCGAAAGGCGCAGAUAAUAUCUACAGUUUGUCUUAUAUUAUAAUUGGUGGUAUUGGUAUGUUAACAGCUCUUGUAGUUGGUAUUAUAGUCAGCUGGAUUACGGGUUGUAACCCAGCAGAAGAGGGUGAUGAGAUAUACUAUAUAAAUGUUGGUGCUAUAUCUGAAAAGGAUUGUAGAAAAUGUUGUCGAAGAAGCCGCAAAAUGGGGAAGUUCAAAAUAACCUCAAAUCCAGAAAAGGUGCCUGUUGAUGACACGGAUAAAGAGAAUCCUAGACUAGCAGUCAUAUCAAAAUAAAAAAAAUUAAAUCGGCUCU